UUUUCAUGUUUGGGGGUUAUGGAGACAGUGGAGAAUUCUGUAAGGACAUUCAUGUCCUUAAUAUUGAAAACUUGGUUUGGCAGAAAUGGGAGUCAAAGGGAGAGUUGCCUGCUGCCUGCAGUGGAUAUACUUUGACUGCGCACCAUGACAAAGAUAUUUACCUGUUCGGAGGCAAAAACUCAAAUGAUGACCAAUCAGUGACAUCAUCCAAUGAGAUUCACAAAUUCAGUAUUGCUAAGAUGAAAUGGAAAGUUCCUUUGUACGUUGGCAUUCCUCCUGCCCGACGAAACGGACACACCGCCUUUAUCGUUCACAGCCAUUCAUGAAGGAGAUUCUGUCUGAAUUUGGUCUUCAGGGACUCAGUUACAGUUUUACUCCCACAAAAAUUCCCAACGUUCGCUAUGAUCUGAGUGACUCUUCUCCAGCCAACCAGUCCAAGAGUAUAACAGCUCGUGGGCAGAUAUUUGUCCACAGAGACUUCAGUGUAGUUCGAGACAAGGCCAUGUCGAUGAUCCAGACUGCGUUCACUCUACUUGACCAGGAGUUCCAGAAGCUAGAUCAGGAGAAGAGAACGUUGUCAAAAUCUGCUGCUGCUCUGCAAAUAGCCAGAGAAGGCCACGAGGCCCAGAAGCAACAACACCAACAGGAGUUGCAGGAAAUGCUCGACAGACAUCGUUCUCAAAACGAGGCAUGGCUUCGUGCGAGAGCUGAGGAAAAUGACAGAGAAAGGAGGGAGCUCUGCAGACUGAGAGAGGAAGUGCUGCAAGAGCAAGAGAAGCUAAAGGAGGAGCACAGCAGCAUCCAGAAACGGAGUGAACAUCUUCUAUCUAUUAUGCAGCAGUUUAAAGGGAUGUAAAUGUUUAGAUAUACUACAAGCAAGAUGGUAUGAAAAGUGAUUGUUGUUGGUAGCUCUAGACAUAUUUUGC